AUGCCACCGAAAGGAAAGACAGCUGAAGAAAAACAACAUCAAGCUCAUUUGGAUAAUCAUGCUAACCAACUAAGUCCAAACAAUAAAUUCUUUCGUCCAAAACAUGAGCCGGAAGGUUGGAAGGUGAAUGAAGCAGCUAUGAAACUUCGUGCAAGACAAUUGAAUCCUAAUGAUCCAAUUUAUAAAGCACCAAAAAAAUAA